AUGGGCUACAAAGGGCUGACCUACCUGACACGUGGCUGCCUUGCGUCCUGCACGGUUACAGGGAGGCCUCGGCGGGUUCAAGUCAGCGAUGGAGACAAUGAAAGGAGUUACAGGGUGGAGGAGGCUGGGCAUUCGGGGCACCAGACUGCGCGCAGCUGCCUGCAGGGGCCGAGGGUGGAUGGGGCCGGGCCGGAAGGUCCUCCUGGGAGGAGGGAGGCCAAGGGAUGCUGGCCAGAGGCAGGAAGGCCAGGUAGGGGACCAGGUGGCAGCUGUGGGCGGGGGCAGCGCCAAGAGGUGCGGGGCCCGGUGGGACGGGGUGGGAGCCCCUGGGGGUUGGUUCGGGGCCCAGGAUGGACAGGUAUGUUAAGGGCAUUCCCGUGUGCACUGAACUCUACAAUCAGAGCGCAAGGCUUGGCGCGAAGAGGAAGGCGUGGGGCCCGAGGUCCUCCCCCUGGAUGGGUGGGGCCAACAGGAGGGUCUGGGCCUGGGAUGGCUGCCCGGGUUCAGGGCCGGACUCCAGACUUAGGUCAACCAGCCCGGCCUCCACACCUGGAAGGCGGUCCGGUGUCCAAGGAGCCUCCCUCUGGCUUUGGCGGAAAGGGCCAAUCCGGAAACCCGAGGGCGGGGUCCUUGGGACCCCCUAGAGCCCGCCCCGAACGUGCCUGGCCCACUGGGUCCCCUGCUUCCUCUUCCCCUUCCCAGGCAGCUCUGCCUUUGCAUGCUCGGCCCGGACUCCUCCUCCUGGAAGCCCUCUGGGCGGGCCCUUGGAGCGGAUCGCUAGCUGAAUGCUUUAUAGGAAGCCGGGGCUGGGCGAGGUGGGUCUGGCUGGGGCUGAGCCGGGACCCCACCUCGAGCCCGGGCUUCAGAUCCCACUCGCCCCUGCUGUCCUUUCCUGCUGCUUCCGCCUCUGGUCUGACCUCGUGGAACCCAAGCAUCCUGCCUCCCACCCCAGAGCUCCAGCAUCCCCAGCUUCCCUGUAAGGACACAGAACUCGUGACUCCACGAUCCCAGCUGGACCACAGGGAAUCAGGACCUAGUGGGGAUGGCUACAAAAAUAAGACAUUUGCCCUCUGUUUUGCAGCUCAAGCUGCAGAAGAUUCAGGCCUGACCCAAGAGGAAAACAGGAAGGCAGCAGCAAUGGCUCUCAGCACCCCGAAGACCCCAGCCCAGUUUAAGUGUAGUGAACAUGAAACAGUGCCCAAAGAAUUCUCUCCAUCCUGGUGGUCCCUGCUCUCAUACCAUGCCCUAAAGCCCUUUCUGGCCCAAGAGUGA